AAAGAAGAAAUGCUGAAUGACAGAAUGGACUCAAGGACCUUGGCAGUAGGUAUAGUGCUUUUACUUCAGAGUACACUUGGAAUUCUAGGAAACGUAUCUUUUCUUUUCUACUACUUACUCAUUUACUAUCAUAAACACAAGUUAAAGACUGUAGACUUAAUUCUUGCACAUGUGUUCACAGCCAACUCCUUGGUCAUUCUUUCUAAAGGAGUGCCCCACAUAUUAAAAGUUUUUUGGUGGAAACAUUUCCUCAAUGAUGUUUCAUGUGAACUUAUUUUAUAUGUUCUCAGACUGAGCAGGAGCAUGUCCAUCAGUAUCACCUGCAUCUUGAGUAUCUUCCAGGCCAUUACUAUCAGUCCUAUUGACUCCUAUUGGAAAGGUAUUAAAUUCAAAGUACCAAAAUAUGUUUGUUGUUCAAUUUACAUCCUCUGGAUCCUGAACAUAGUAGUAAAUAUAGUUUUCCCCAUGUGUGCAUAUUCCAAAAGACAUAGCAAAAAUAAGACACAAAAGAGAGAUUUUGAAUUCUGUUCCUAUCUUAGUCGUGACAUAAUAGUAGAUUCACUGUUCACAGCAUUUUGGGUGUUCCCUGAAGUUUUAUUUUCUAUACUCAUUGUAAGUUCCAGCAUCUCCAUGAUUGUCAUACUUUAUGGGCACAAGAAGAGGAUUCAACAUAUACUCAGUACUCAUACCUCCCCAAGAAUCUCUCCUGAAUCCAGAGCCACACAGACCAUUUUGGUCUUGGUUUGCAUCUUUAUAGCUUUUUAUACCCUCUCCUCCAUUUUGCAAGGCUACAUUGCUCUUUCUCAUAAUUUAAAUUGGUGGUUAUUAAAUAUCGCAGUCAUCAUUUCUCUGUGUUUUCCUACUUUAAGCCCCUAUAUAAUAAGUCAUGAUUCUAUUAUUUCCAGAUUUUACUUCAGCUGCAUUAGGUUCACAGAACCACGCAUGGUUUUUAGCAGCAUCACAAAAAAAAAAAAACCCACACUUUUCCAGGUGACAACAUAG